AUGAGUCAAGAUUAAAGUAUGUCGUUAUUAGAAUAAUUGAGAAUAGCAGUAGAAAAUAAAAAGAAAGCUUAAAAAAUGAAAGAACAACUUAAGUAAGACCUUGAAUAGAGAUUAUAAAAUUUAACACAACUUAGUCUCACAUAUUGUUAGUAAAAAAAUGAGAUCCAACAGAUUCAAAUAUAAAUAAACGAAAAUAAAUCAAAUUAUGCGCAAUAUGAAAAGAGAUUGUAGGAUUAUAAAAAAUAUUCUUCAAUUUAUAAAGACAACAAUGCACUAUUAGAAGAAAGAAAGCAGUGCCUUGAGCUUUAUUAAACCAAGUCAUAUGAGAUAUUUCAUGAGUGUGAUGACAAAUUCAAAAAGAUUGACGUAUUGGAAACAGUGAUAAAUUCCAAAAGAAGACUUUGUUGUUAUUAACUUUGCACUAUAUUUUUUAACUCUAAAUUUACAUGUUUCCUCUUUUUAAAUAUGAUAUCAAGAGUAUUUAGGCAGUAUGAACAAAUUUCAACUUUUGAAGAAAAUAUAAAUGCUGCUCUUGGUUAUUAUGGUUUAUUAGUUUAAUAGAUAUCUAUAAUAUAUGACAUAAAUCUCAAACAUAAAAUAAUAUAUAAAGGUUGCAGAACAUAAAUUCAGAAAGACAAUUAAGAGUAAAUUUUUUAUUCCUUUAUUUAUGCUAUAAAUUAUUUUUUUUUUAAAUUUAUAUAAGGUUACAUAAUCUCUACAUAUUAAAGAAAGAAGAUUCAAGAAAAUUAUAAAAUUCCUUAACUUUUUUGA